GGUUAUGGCCAGGCUGGUGCGCAGCCUGCGGGACUCGGAGCCCGUCGCCCGCUUCCAGCGCCACUGCGGGCUCUUCCCCGCCACCUCCGAGGUCGGAGAGAGGGGGGCGCGCCGGGCUGUAGGCGUGGGCAACGGCGGCAGCCGCCCGUCGGGGACUUGGGACGUGCGCGAUUUUGGCGGCGACGCAGCCUCUCCCGAGCAUCGUCCCCGCCCGCCGGCGGACUGCGCCACUCGCAACGGCAGCCCCAGCAACAGUCGGAAGGACCAUCUACAUGAGUAUGUUGUAAAGAAUUACUUCUACUACUACCUGUUUACGAUUUCAGCUGCAAUGGGCCAAGAAGUUUUCUACAUUACAUUCCUCCCAUUCACUUACUGGAACAUUAACCCAUAUGUUGGUAGAAGGCUCAUAAUUAUGUGGUCUGUGGUUAUGUACAUUGGUCAAGUCACAAAGGACCUACUAAAGUGGCCUCGUCCUUGUUCACCGCCUGUUGUGAAGCUUGAAAAAAGAGCAAUCGCAGAAUAUGGAAUGCCAUCCACACAUGCAAUGGCAUCAACAACUAUCUCAUUUACUUUUGUUAUUGCGACCAUGAACAUAUAUAAGUACCACUUUGAGCUAGGACUGAUGGGAGCCUUUGUAUUUUCAACACUGGUAGGCCUCAGCAGAAUUUACACUGGAAUGCACACAGUGCUGGACGUGAUUGUUGGCAGUCUGAUCUCAGGGCUACUGGUUGCUCUCAUGUAUCCGACCUGGGAUUUCCUUGACCACCUGAUGAUCACCAGCCCUUGGUGCCCCAUAUUCUGCAUUGUCGUGCCCCUCCUCUUGUGCUACAACUACCCCAAACUUGAUUAUUAUAGUCCUACAAAGGCAGACACCACCACAAUUCUUGGAGCUUCAGCAGGAAGUGGGGUAGGGUUUUGGAUAAAUAAUCACUCUGUAACAAACUAUUCAGCUGAACUUGUCAGUCCUCCUUCAAUAACUGCUGAAAUGGUCUUGAUGGCACUUUCAAAGUUUUUGGUGGGCAUUUGUUUCCUAGUGGUCAUACGGCAGAUUAUUAAAAGCAUGGCACUUAGAGCACUGUGUUCUUGGUACAAGGUUUCUGUUGAUGAUCCUAUAGCUGGACAUCGAACAGAAAUUGAAGUGCCAUAUAAGUUCAUUACCUACUUUUCCAUUGGCCUUAGUGCUACAGUUCUUGUCCCAUUACUGCACGAGGUCUUACGCUUAAACUGAGUAAUGUACUAUUUGCUUUUGGGGAGGG